AUGGUCAUGAAAGAGGAGGCAGAGAGGGAGGGAGUUGGGAGGCCUGGCCUCAUUGUCCCUUCUGUAACAGGGGGUGCUGAGGACUGGAGAGGUAAGGGAAGCAAGGAGCGGUUCCACUGGCAGAGCCACAACGUGAAGCAGAGUGGCGUGGACGACAUGGUGCUACUGCCUCAGAUCACCGAGGACGCCAUCGUGAACAAUCUGCGCAAGCGCUUCAUGGACGACUACAUCUUCACCUACAUCGGCUCUGUGCUCAUUUCCGUGAAUCCCUUCAAGCAGAUGCCCUACUUCACUGAUCGUGAGAUCGACCUCUACCAGGGCGCGGCCCAGUAUGAGAACCCACCACACAUCUAUGCCCUCACAGACAACAUGUAUCGGAACAUGCUUAUCGACUGUGAGAACCAGUGUGUCAUCAUCAGCGGAGAGAGUGGAGCUGGGAAGACAGUGGCAGCCAAAUACAUCAUGGGCUACAUCUCUAAAGUGUCCGGUGGAGGCGAGAAGGUCCAGCACGUCAAGGAUAUCAUCCUGCAGUCCAAUCCGCUGCUCGAGGCCUUCGGCAACGCCAAGACCGUGCGCAACAACAAUUCCAGUCGUUUUGGCAAAUACUUUGAGAUUCAGUUCAGCCGUGGGGGUGAGCCCGACGGAGGCAAGAUCUCCAACUUCCUGCUGGAGAAGUCCCGUGUGGUCUCACAGAAUGAGAAUGAAAGGAAUUUCCACAUCUACUACCAGUUGCUGGAAGGGGCCUCCCAGGAGCAACGACAGAACCUGGGGCUCAUGACCCCCGACUACUAUUACUACCUCAACCAAUCGGAUACCUACAAGGUGGACGGCACCGAUGACAGAAGUGACUUCAGUGAGACACUGAACGCCAUGCAGGUCAUCGGGAUCCCACCCAACGCCCAGCAGCUGGUCCUGCAGCUAGUGGCCGGUAUCCUGCACCUAGGAAACAUCAGCUUCUGCGAAGAAGGGAACUACGCACGAGUGGAGAGUGCCAUCAAUCGUGCCAUGCAGAAACCCCAGGAAGAGUACAGCAUCGGCGUGUUAGACAUUUACGGCUUCGAGAUCUUCCAGAAAAACGGCUUCGAGCAGUUCUGCAUCAACUUCGUCAACGAGAAACUGCAGCAAAUUUUCAUCGAGCUCACUUUGAAGGCAGAGCAGGAGGAGUAUGUUCAGGAAGGCAUCCGCUGGACCCCCAUUCAGUACUUCAACAAUAAAGUUGUCUGCGAUCUCAUUGAAAACAAACUGAGCCCGCCAGGCAUCAUGAGCGUGCUGGAUGAUGUGUGCGCCACCAUGCACGCCACGGGCGGCGGCGCUGACCAGACGUUACUGCAGAAGCUGCAGGCGGCCGUGGGCACCCACGAACACUUCAACAGCUGGAGCUCUGGCUUCGUCAUCCACCACUACGCCGGCAAGGUCUCCUAUGAUGUCAGCGGCUUCUGUGAGAGGAACCGGGAUGUUCUCUUCUCAGAUCUUAUAGAGCUGAUGCAGACCAGUGAGCAUGUCUUCCUGCAGAUGCUCUUUCCUGAGAAGCUGGAUGUAGACAAGAAGGGCCGCCCCAGCACAGCUGGCUCCAAGAUCAAGAAACAAGCCAAUGAUCUUGUGGCCACACUGAAGCGGUGCACUCCCCACUACAUCCGCUGCAUCAAACCCAAUGAGACCAAGAGACCCCGUGACUGGGAGGAAAGCAGGGUCAAGCACCAGGUGGAAUACCUGGGCCUGAAGGAGAAUAUACGGGUGCGCAGGGCAGGCUUCGCCUACCGCCGCCAGUUCCCCAAAUUCCUGCAGAGGUAUGCCAUCCUCACUCCUGAGACAUGGCCGCGGUGGCAUGGGGACGAGCGCCAGGGUGUCCAGCACCUGAUGCGGGCGGUCAACAUGGAACCUGACCAGUACCAGAUGGGCAGCACCAAGGUCUUCGUCAAGAACCCCGAGUCGCUUUUCCUCCUGGAGGAGAUGCGAGAACGCAAGUUUGAUGGCUUUGCACGUACCAUCCAGAAGGCCUGGAGGCGCCACGUGGCAGUCCGAAAGUACGAGGAAAUGCGGCAGGAAGCCUCCAACAUCCUACUCAAUAAGAAGGAGCGGAGGCGGAACAGUAUCAACCGGAACUUCGUCGGAGAUUACCUGGGGCUGGAGGAGCGGCCAGAGCUGCGCCAGUUCCUGGGCAAAAGGGAGCGUGUGGACUUCGCUGACUCGGUUACUAAGUAUGACCGCCGCUUCAAGCCCAUCAAGCGGGACUUGAUCCUGACCCCGAAGUGUGUGUAUGUGAUCGGGCGGGAGAAGGUGAAGAAAGGUCCCGAGAAGGGCCAGGUGCGGGAGGUCCUGAAGAAGAAGUUGGAGCUCCAGGCUCUGCGGGGAGUCUCCCUCAGCACUCGGCAAGACGACUUCUUCAUCCUCCAAGAGGAUGCCGCCGACAGCUUCCUGGAGAGUAUCUUCAAGACCGAGUUCCUCAGCCUCCUGUGCAAGCGCUUCGAGGAGGUGGCCCGGCAGCCCCUGCCCCUCACCUUCAGCGACACACUACAGUUCCGGGUGAAGAAGGAGGGUUGGGGCGGGGGCGGUACCCGCAAUGUCACUUUCUCUCGUGGCUCGGGCGACGUGGCUAUGCUCAAGGCUGGUGGCAAGACCCUCACGGUCAGCGUGGGUGACGGACUGCCCAAGAAUUCCAAGCCUACUCGGAAGGGAAUGGCUCAGGGGAAACCCCGAAGGUCAGCCCAGGCUCCUGUGAGAGCAGCCCCCGGGCCUCCCAGAGGCCUGGAUCGAAACGGGAUGCCCUUCUCUGCCAGAGGGAACCCCCUUCCCAUGGAAUUCACUUCUGGACGGGGUUCUCAGCGGCCUCCACAGGGCCCUCCAGCCUCAGCACAGGGAACCAACAGGCGCCCCCGGGAACGGCCACCCGUGGAGCACAACACAGAAUUCCUCAACGUGCCUGACCAGGGUGUAGCCGGCAUGCAGAGGAAGCGCAGCAUUGGGCAGCGACCUGUGCCUGGCGUGGGCCGUCCCAAGCCCCAACCUCGGACACAUGGCCCUCGCUGCCGCGCGCUAUACCAAUACAUAGGCCAAGACGUGGAUGAGUUGAGCUUCAACGUGAAUGAGGUCAUCGACAUCCUCCUGGAAGAUCCCUCAGGCUGGUGGAAGGGCCGGCUACAUGGCCAGGAGGGCCUCUUCCCUGGAAACUACGUGGAGAAGAUCUGA